AUGACGCAGGAAGAGCCUAAGAGCCAGACUUCGAUGCCACUUGAGGAUAGGCAAAAGGGCGUAACUACCGUCAAUGGUGUAACGGAAAUCCCUAGAGGAAUACCAGAGGAGGGAAGCUUCCCUACUCCAGAUGACUACUGGUCCUUGGCAGCAACAGAAUACCUAGCCCGGUGGCUCAUUGCUCAAAUUCAGUUGCCUGGCUUCGUAGCAGAUGAAGACUGGACACCGGAGCACACAAAGGAAUUCGCGAAAUUUUGCCACUCUAAAGAGCGGCAGCGUUGGUUUUUGUGGAUGAGCAGGCGCCCUCGCCCACCUCUCCCUAGAGGUAGCGAGGAAGAUGGAUCUAUAACUGAAAGGUGGGGGCUCUCGCGGCUAAUGUUCAGCGAUGAACUUCCUGUACAUUGCGCUGGCCCUAUGCUGCAGCACGGCGGUGUGCAGCAGGAAAGUGCGAGCGCACUCGUGUUCGUCAGUAAGCGGGAUGCUUCAAAGGUGAAACGAGAGGCUCCGGAGGAGCAACUGCUAUGUGUCUCGUUCCACGGUGGCGUUCUUGAAGGCGUGAUCGCAUUUAUUCGUGGGGUGUACAUACCCGUUCUUGGACAAAAUCACGCAUGGCCGCAAAGUUUUAAGAAGGAAGUCAUGAAAAGACUGAGUAACUAUGUUAGCCGAAUGACAGACAUAGUUCAUCGUGCCCAGGGCUGCGCCACGCUUGUCCUCCCACUUGAAGACCUUACAGAUGUCGCUGCAUGCCUGCGCGAUCGUGACCUUAUUCAACGCCUGGAGGCACUGGCAGCAUCGUGGACACGGCAAGUGAAGGAAACAUUGGCGCUCCAGGAAGGAUCAGAAGGAGCGAUAGAUUCAGGCCAUCUCGGGGAAAUCCAGAGGUGGACUGAGUAUGCACAGAAUUUGAGCUCACUCAUGAGACAGUUUCAGGAGCCAUCACUCCAAUCAGCCCUCAAGAUACUCGACGCUGCGAAGUCGGCAUACGUCAUGCAGUUCCAAGCUGUGCAACAAGAGGUGCUUGCAGCUGCAAGUCAAGCUGCCGAAAAUUUGAAGUUCUUGGAAGUGCUGAGGGGACCAUGCCAGGCUUUGCGAGAAGCGGAGUCCCACCAAAUACCUGCAGCAGCGACGAAGCUGCUCAUGGCGGUCCGAAUAGUUGCUACACAUAGCAAGUAUUAUACGACUCCAGACAGAAUUGGUGGACUUUUGCGUAACAUCGCUGGCGAAGUUAUUCGGCGUGGGCAAGCCUCAGUAAAUGUCGAUUCUAUGUGGGUAGGAGACGUGGAAGAGCCAAUGAAGAGCUUGCAGAACGCUGUCCAAUGCGGCCUUGCUCUCAACAAAAUUUUCAGUCAUCUCUCUGCAUUAAUCAAGGCUGAAGGGAAUGCUUCCUGCUGUUGGGAGUCCGCAGAUAGCGCUGCAUUCGCCGAGAGCGAUGCCUUCGUGCAGCGGUGUAGUGACCUUCUAGACGUCUGCCAGGCCCAGCUUCAAUUCCAUCCCUCUUGUCAGGCAAAGCAACAGGAGGAGAGAGACAGCAUUCAGGAGGGAUAUUAUAGUGUCCCUCCGCAACAAAACACCUUCUCCUGUAACCUUCCAUUUUUUGGCGCAUUCCAAACGGAAGCUCUUCGUAGCAGCAUACGCGACUUGCAAGAAGCUUUUGGGAAAACUCUUUCAAGGUUGCGUGCAAUGGGACGUAACGUCCUUCAAGUGAAGGCUACAAACUGGCACACUGAAUACGCUCUUUUCAAAGAACAGCUAUUCAAGGAGCAGAAUAAAGAAGUCCAGAAGGAAUGGACCUCAUUUGUUGAACGAAUAGACGUUGAAUGGAGAGAGGCUUUACGAAGAGUUGUUCGAUCCUCUUUGCAGGUAAGAUGGAGCUUCCGAAAGGCUGCCUUUGGGCUCACGGCAGACAAACCCGCGGCUCCUACACCAUGCACCCCAGCUAAAAACCUCGGUGCUUCAGAACUUGCGACAGCACUGUACCCGAAGGAAAGCAAGCGCAAUUCCAUCGAUGCAUCUCCGCUGUUGAGAGUUUUUGCCGUGCUGCAUACCGAUAAGGGAGCUGAAGGUGGAAACAUAAUGGCAUUCGACCCACCGAUGGAAGAGCUGAAAACGACAAUUAUGGGGGUUUGCUUUGAUGCGGUUCAUGUAAUCAGCCAGCUGCCCAAGAUAUGCGAAGCUCUCGAACCAGUGUGA